AUGGCAGAAGCCCGCAUUUCAGUGGCUCAGGAUCAGUUCUACUGUCCGGUGUGUCUGGACCAACUGAAGGAUCCAGUGACCAUUCCCUGUGGACACAGUUACUGUAUGAGCUGUAUUACAGACUACUGGAAUCAGGAUGAUCCGACAGGAGUCUACAGAUGCCCUCAGUGCAGAAGAACCUUCUUUCCAAGACCUGAUCUAGGUAAGAAUGUGAUGCUUGCUGAAAUGGUGGAGAAAGUGAAGACAAGAAUCCAAGCUACUCAUCCUGCUGGUCCUGGAGAUGUGGUGUGUGACGUCUGCACUGGACAAAAACAGAAAGCCGUCAAAUCCUGUCGGGAUUGUCUGAAUUCUUACUGUCAAUAUCAUCUUGAACAACAUGAUAACAUCUUUAAUAUUAGGAAACACAAUUUGAUAGAUGCCACUGGACGACUCCAGCAGAUGAUCUGCCCUCGACAUGAUAAAAUGCUGGAAAUUUACUGCCGAACUGACCAGAAAUGUAUUUGUAUGCUGUGUAUGAUGGAGCAACACAAAAACCACGACACUGUAUCAGCUGCAGCUGCAAGGAUUGAGAAAUAGAGAGAUUUGGAGGAAACACAGAGUGAACUCCAGCAGCGAAUACAACAGAGAGAGAAAGAUGUUCGGGAGCUGAGAAGGGCUGUGGAGUUCCACUUGCACUCUGCACAGACAGCAGUGGAGGACUGUGAGCUGAUCUUCACUGAGUUGAUCUCAUCCAUUGAGAGAAGGCGCUCUGAGGUGACACAGCUGAUCAGAGAUCAGGAAAAGGCUGCAGUGAGUCGAGCUGAAGAUCUCUUGGAGCAACUGGAGCAGGAGAUUGAUGAUCUGAGGAGAACAGAUGCUGAGAUGCAGCAGCUUUCACAUAUCAAUGAUGACAUCUACGUCCUCCAGAGUUUCCAGUCUCUCUCUCUCUCUGGAUCUACAGACAACAUCAAUGUCACUUCUCAUCUCACUUAUGAGCAUGUAGUGAAAUCUGUCGCUCAAUUCAGAGACGAACUGGAGCAGUUCUGCACGGAAGAGACCGAGAAGAUAUCUGCUAGCGUGAAAUCCAUCCAGAUCGUUCUCACCCUUGAAUGUGAGACCAGGGAGGAGUUCCUACAAUAUUUCUGUGAAUUCACUCUGGAUCCAAACACAGUGAAUUAUUACCUCCUCCUGUCUGAGGGGAACAAAAGGGUUUCUUUCAGCGACACACCCCUGUACUAUCCUGAUCAUCCAGACAGAUUUGAUCAUUGGCCUGAGGUGUUGUGCACAGAGAGUGUGGAUGGACGCUGUUUCUUUGAGGUUGACUGGAGUGGGAAUGAUGGCGUGGAUAUAGCAGUGGCAUAUAAGAAUAUCAAGAGGAUGAGAGAUGGUCCUGAGAGUGCAGCUGGACAUAAUGAUCAGUCCUGGAGUUUGUUUUGCUCUCCUUCCUGUUACUCGUUCUGGCACAAUAAAAUUGAGACCAUACUUCCUGUAGUCCACAACACCAGUAGAAUAGGAGUGUAUGUGGAUCACAGUGCAGGAGUUUUGUCCUUCUACAGCGUCUCUGAUACAAUGAGUCUGAUCCACAGAGUCCACACCACAUUCACUCAACCUCUGUAUCCUGUGUUUGGACUAAGUAAAUACUCAACAGUUAAAGUGUAUUGAACUAUGUGUUUGAAUACAUGAUAUAGAAGCUCUUCAAUAAUUUCCAUGUCACAUAGCAAUGUACCAUGAGCUGUGAGGGUCUUACUCUUCUAAAUAAGUCAAUAGCUGUACUUUUAAUAAUCUCAAAUGUAAUUUUUUUCUCAUCAGAUUUUUCUAAAGUCAUCUUUACACAGCCGAGCAACCUCUAUGCCAGCUUCUGUGUAAAGAUGCAAUGUGGCAUAAAAGCCAAACUAAAUCAAGCCAGCUCUGACCCACCUCAACCUUGCGUAUCAAAGGCAGUUCUGAUGCUGCUUUGGUUCUGUGUAAAUGAAAUGCAGCGUCAAAGCAGCAUUAACGGUGCUGUAUGUGAUUUUUUUCAUGGAAAGGUAUGCAAAAAAUGUUCCUAGUCUCUGAACAUUAAUAUGAAAUAAGUGUCAUGAGAUAUCUCCACGACAGCUCUAGACUCUGUAAACAGCAAACAAAAAGUGGCCGUGGGCUGCAUACACAUUCUUAGAUCAGCUGAUCAUGUGAGUUUCAUGCGCUUUCUGCCAGACAAUCAUUUUUUACGUUGUUGUAGUUUAUGCGGAUCAUUCACUUUUAAUGGCAUGUUGAGAAUCAUAACAGUUGCCAUUUGAGGGCCACUGUUCUACUGUUGUGUUUAAUAUCAGAGCUGCUCUUCUGCUCUGUAAACGACACAAUGGAUCUUUGAAGGGCGGAGUAUCGAAAAGAGAGGGCGUGUCUAAUUUAACGUGUCUCCUGGACGUUCUAAAAAACGGCUAAAAUCGCGUACAGCACCUUUAACUUUGUUGUUGUCAUAACAGAGCAUACUUUCAUAUUUAAGUAUAAUUUUUAUAUUUUCAUUUAUUUCAUAUUUCCAUAUUCAUACUUUUAUAUUAAAAACAGUAAUCUCAUAAUAUUGUAAUUGCUGUGUAAAUGCAUUUAUGCCUAAGCAGCAUUAAACAAUCACUUCUGAUGCAGCUUCUGUGCCACCUUUGCAGAGUAAACAUGGCUUAAUAAUGGUUGUAGUGUUAGUGCUGACAAUCAAUGUGAGUGUGGGUUAUUUAUAUAAAUAAUUUUCAGUCUUUUUGUUAACUCCUUUUUACUUUUUUCAAUGGCUAUCAUAAGUUACUUUUAAAACUCCUAACAAAGGGUUAAUUAAAUCAUUGUUAUUAUAUACAUUUAUAAAUGAGGGCUGUCAAUCGUUAAAAGUUUUUAACCAAAUUAUUAGCAUCAUAUGCCAAAUAAUUAAUCAAAUUAAUCGCAUGUAUCAAUAUUUGCAGAGAAAGGCUGCCAAAUUAAAAUCGUUCAAAAAUAAUGAUUAAAUAAUUGACAUAUAUCCGUAUAUAAAAUAUACAUUACAUCAUUGUGGCAGAUAAGUAAGUCAUUGAUGAGGCAAUAUAAAA